AUGACUUUAAACCACACUGCCCCGCCCCAGGAUGACCGCCUUCCACAAUACCUUCAAGAUGGGGAUCCCUUUACAUCCAAACUUUCCUGGGAAGCGGAUUUAGUGGCUGGCUUUUAUCUAACCAUAAUUGGGAUUCUGUCCACAUUUGGAAAUGGGUAUGUCCUUUAUAUGUCUUGUAGACGAAAGAAGAAGCUGAGACCUGCUGAAAUAAUGACUAUCAAUUUAGCAGUCUGUGAUCUGGGGAUUUCAGGCAAGCCUUUCGUAAUCAUCUCUUGCUUCUGUCACCGCUGGGUGUUUGGCUGGAUUGGCUGCCGCUGGUAUGGCUGGGCUGGAUUUUUCUUUGGCUGCGGAAGCCUUAUCACCAUGACAGCUGUCAGCCUGGAUCGAUAUCUGAAAAUCUGCUAUUUAUCUUAUGGGGUUUGGCUGAAAAGAAAGCACGCCUACAUCUGCCUGGCUGUCAUCUGGGCCUAUGCUUCCUUCUGGACCACCAUGCCCUUGGUAGGUCUGGGGGACUACGCUCCUGAGCCCUUCGGAACAUCAUGCACCCUGGACUGGUGGCUGGCCCAGGCCUCCGUAGGGGGCCAGAUUUUCAUCCUGAACAUCCUCUUCUUCUGCCUCUUGCUCCCAACGGCUGUGAUUGUGUUUUCCUAUGUGAAGAUCAUUGCCAAGGUUAAGUCCUCCUCCAAAGAAAUAGCUCAUUUUGACAGUCGGAUUCAUAGCAGCCACAUGCUGGAAAUGAAACUGACCAAGGUGGCGAUGUUGAUUUGUGCUGGCUUCCUAAUUGCCUGGAUUCCUUAUGCAGUGGUCUCUGUGUGGUCAGCUUUUGGAAGGCCCGACUCCAUCCCCAUACAGCUCUCUGUGGUGCCAACCCUACUUGCAAAAUCAGCAGCCAUGUACAACCCGAUCAUUUACCAGGUCAUCGAUUACAAAUUUGCCUGUUGCCAAACUGGCGGUUUGAGAGCAACCAAGAAGAAGUCUUUGGAAGGCUUCAGGCUGCACACUGUAACCACAGUCAGGAAGUCUUCUGCUGUGCUGGAAAUCCAUCAAGAGGUAUGA